GAGAGAAAUGAUGAGUGAGUUUGUAGUACCUAGCUGGAAUCUAAGGCACCAAAGACAAGAACAAGUCGAAGGAGAAGAAGGAAACAGAUCCUCUCACGUGCACAACGAGCAGAACCACCCCCGUAGUACUACUGCUGCUCUUGUGCACAUGUCAAAUUAUGAAGUGGCAGAGCUGACAUGGGAAAACGGGCAGCUAGCCAUGCAUGGGAUCGGCGGGCUCCUCUCCACCACCACCCCCACAAAGGCCACAUGGGGUGGUGGUAGGGCCGCCGGGGACACACUGGAAUCAAUAGUCCACCAAGCAACAUGCCACCACAACCAAAAGCCUAACAUAAUAUUCCAACACGACCACCACCACCAUAAUACCCCAGCCAGUAUAGCUUCCUCCGGCGGGCAAUGGCCUGAUCAGAGUUCCGGCGGCCAAGUCCAGGUCGCACCGGCGUCGGUGGUGAAGAAACGAACACGCUCUUCAGAUUCAGAGCAAUAUUGUAAUAUUGGAAGAAGGAGUAUAUAUGAAAACAUUGCUGACGGCAGCACAUGUGGCAGCGGUGGCAGUGUGAGUGCCAGCGGUACAUUUUGUAGGGACAACGACACAACUAUGAUGACACCGACACGGGCUUCGUUUGAAUCUACUCGGAGCUUCAAGACCAAAACCACUGAUGAAGAUUCUUCUUGUCAUCGCAGUGGAUCUCGAUCGGAAAACCGAGAUGAUAAAGGGCAUCAGACGACCAAUACUGAAACAGGCCGCUCCCACUCAACAAGACGAAUUCGAGCUGCUUCAAUCCAUAACCAGUCUGAAAGGAAAAGGAGAGAUAGGAUUAAUCAGAAGAUGAAAACCCUGCAGAAGUUGGUGCCAAAUGCAAAUAAGACCGACAAAGCUUCAAUGCUUGAUGAGGUAAUUGAAUACUUGAAACAACUUCAAGCACAAGUUCAAAUGAUGAGCACUGCGAGAAACAUGCCCCAGAUGAUGAUGCCUUUAGGGAUGCAGCAACAUAUUCAAAUGUCUCUCCUAGCACGGAUGGGCUUGGGAGUCGGGCUAGGGAUGGGCGUGGGGAUGCUUGACAUUGCUAACAUGGCACGCAGUUUGCCUCAAACUCUUCCGCCGCUCAUCCACCCAGCUUCAGUUGCUGCCUCAGCUCCUACAUUCGUUUCUCCAUUUGUGGUGCCCUCCAGCGUGAUUCCAACGCAUCCUCUGGUUGAGCCAAAACCUGACCUGGGCAACAAUGCUUCACUUUCUUUGCCGGAUCCAUAUUCCGCAUUUUUAGCACAAUCGAUGAAUAUGGACAUGUACAACAAGAUGGGAGCCCUCUACCGGCAACAAGUCAAUCAGACCACACAGGCAAUGAGCAGCUCAUCACAACCACACCAACCAUGUUCGAAGUGACUGAGGAUAGAGGACAACAUGCAUCAAUAAUGCAAAUUAAAGAAACAUAAAGAACGCUAGGGGUUAAAAGAAUAACGGUAGAGGGGUUUGGAUUUGACGUAGGACGUCUUGUUUGCCAUUUGGAAAUUAUUAUUAUUUUCAGCCAUGUAAUUUUCAGAAUUUUCUAGACAAGAUUUGUUUCUUUUGCAAGGGAAAAUGGUACAUCGAUGAGUUUUUUAGUGAGACCAUAAUAUAAUAUAUAUGUUGAUAUACUAUAUAUUUAA